AUGUACGAAUCCCUGAUCCCCAUGACCAAACGUAUCGUGUCUCUUUCCCUCCUCUGCCUCAUAGAAAUCCAAAUGCAGGAUGUUCAAGGCUCCAAAUAUGGGACCUUUUGGUCAAACCGCUCUAAAAAUGGGAAGCUGUUCAAGAAUCUUACUUCAACCAAACCAUUUACAUUCUCUUUUUCAAGGCUGGUGAAAUAUAUUUUCAGACGUUCUCGGAGGGAAUCCAAAAAUGCACUGCGAGAAAGAUACGCAAAGUUUCGUCAGGUGUGGAAUCAACAAUGCAAUGCAGCCGAAGUUUUGAAACGCCUUCGACAGGAUCCGAGCAAGUCACUGAUGGAUCAUGUCUUUUGGAUUGGCCACUCCACCAUUCUUCUGUGUCUGCACACUGGGACGAACAUCUUGUUUGACCCAAUCUUCUCCAAACGGUGCUCCCCGUUCCGCCUUGUCGGACCUGCGCGGCGGUGCCCACCCGGGACCACCCUCGCGCACCUACCCCCAAUCCACAUCGUCGCCCUCUCUCACAACCACUACGAUCACCUGGACACGGAGAGUGUCAAGGCCAUCUACAAACAACACCCCAACGUGACAUUUGUCGUGCCACGCCGCAUGGACACCCACCUGACCUCCUGGGGUAUUCCCUACGCAUCCAUCAUCACCAUGGACUGGCAGGAUGAAAUUAGGUUGAAGGGGGUUGCCAUCGGCUGCACCCCCGCCCAGCACUAUGGGCGACGAGGCCUUUGGGAUGGCAAUCGGGUCCUUUGGUGUGGUUGGUGCAUCGGCUGGCAGCCCACCAAUCUCGCGGAUUCGUCGUCGCCCGUGACUAUGGAGGAUGGGACUGUGGGGUUUGUCCGCCGUUCGGCCGCCGUGCGUCCGUCACUGCAGGUGAUUGAUUGGAGUAGCGCUAAGGUUUUUUACUAUGCAGGCGACACGGCUUUUAACACAAGCCUUUUCGAUCUCAUUCAUGCGCAAUAUAAUCAUGUGGAUAUGGCGGCAAUCCCCAUCGGAGCGUACAAGCCGCGCUGGUUCAUGUCAACCCAUCACAUCGAUCCUGCGUCGGCUGUUAAAAUAUUCAAAAUACUUAACGUCAAGAAGGCAUUUGGUGUUCAUUGGGCCACUUUCGAGCUGGCGGAUGAUACUUUGGAUGAGCCCCCAAAGGAAUUGAAGACAGCUCUAGACCUAGAGAACGUUAGUAAACAGGACUUUGUUUUGAUCCCUAUAGGCGGACACUUGUCUUUCUAG